AUGGCUCGUACCAAGCGAACCGCUCGUAACUCCACUGGAAGAAAAGCUCCAAGGAAGAAACUUGCUACUAAGACGCGGUUUCUUAAUUCUUGUUGUUGUGACUUAAAUAGAUAUCGUGAAUUGGCCAAUAGAGUUGAUGAGGCUUUAGGAUUCAUGGGUGUGGCUGGACUUACCAAUGCGCACCCGAUCAUGACUACUACUAAGUUUUGGACAUUCCACGAGUGUUUGUUACUGCCUUAUGAGCAGUACGUGGACCCGGUCAGAUUGUGA